GAUUAUAACGUUAAUCCCUGUUCUCUAUGUUAUUAUGGUCAGAUCCAACGGCUCACGAUAGGUACAUGGGCUCAUGCAAUGCAGCCAGUUCACAUGUCACGGUACAGUAGCUCUGCACUUCUGGACUAACAGAAGAAAGGAAUGAAAAGAAUCUAAGGCUGAACUCCAAGACCAUAAGCACGGCUAAUUUUCGAUACCCAAGAGCAAUUGACGAGAUAAUGGGCUGCCAUGAUAUAAAAGGUUGUAAGAUAGAUGCUGGGAAGGAAAAAAAAAGGGAAAGACACAGCGAGGGAGACUAGUCGACAUUGCAUAAGUCCCCAACAAAUAAAUCACGAGGCGGUUGGUGGGAGAAGACCAUCAUCCUUUGUUACCGCAGUGAAUUCCGCUCUCCGAAAGGGUGGGAUCACCGGUCUAUAUAGAACGGUCGAGGGAAGCGCCAUGGGACGUUAUUUCCGGUUAUUUGUGGCCGAUUAUGAGCUCACAGAAAAUAGACUGAUAUCGGGUUGGUUGGCUAGGACGUUCUCAAGGGAUUGAGGCCAAAUUUAGAAUAUCUAGCAGACCGCAUUCAAUUGUAUAGGGGAAAUGACUCGUAUUAACUUUUCUGUGAUCUCUUCUCCGCACCGUCACUGAGAGCUAUCAGAAGAGCGAUUGGACGAAGAAGGAAGGAAGCGAAACGAUCCGUGAGAGUCGGCGGCUAUGCG